AAUCGGUACAAUACUCUCUCUCGUCUCUGUAAAAGAAUCCCUAGCUCGUAAAUCCAUCUUCCACUCUAUCUCUCUCUCAAAAUGGCCCAAAACCGUAAGUCUGACCAUGACCCACCUCAUAACUCAGACUCUGAAGAAGAAGAAGAGAACGAAGGAGAAGGGUCAUCCGAAGAACAAGAGGAGUCUGAAUCAGAAGAGCAACAACAACCCAAACCUUCGGCACCCACGCCUCUAGUUACCAAAAAGCCAUCAGCUCCGAAAAAACCAGAACAACCUUCUCAAACCCCUUCAAAACUCCAGUCUUCUUCUUCUUCCUCCUCUUCCGAAUCUGAAUCGGAAUCGGAAUCGGACAUUCCGCCGGAGAAGUCUAGAAAAGCUGACCCAAAUAUCAAACCCAUUGCUUCAAAGCCCAUGGAUGAGUCAAGCAAACCCACUAAAAAGCCGAGAUCCAAACCUAGUUUGCCACCCAGUUCCCCAACUUCGGCGAAACCCGCCAAAAGGCCGGCGGGGAGUGUAGUCAAGGAGUCGAAAAGAGCGAAACAAAAAGUGGAUUCCAAUAAUGGUGAUUCGGAGAAGAAGAUUUCCAGUGUGACUCAGGAUGAUUCGAAGAAGCAGUUGUUUCAGAGACUGUGGAGUGAAGACGAUGAGAUUGUGAUUGUGAAGGGUGUGAUCGAGUACAUGGCGAAGAAAGGGGCUGACCCAGUUGCGGACAUGAUUGCAUUCCAUGAGUUUAUUAGAAAAUCUUUACAUGUCGAUGUGACCAAGACCCAGUUGUCUGAUAAGGUUAGGAGGUUGAGGAAGAAGUACGAGAACAAUGCUAGCAAAGAGGAGGAGGGAAAAGAGCGGAAUUUUGCGAAACCCCACGAGCAGAAAUUGUAUGAAUUGUCGAAAAAAAUUUGGGGUGGUGAGGGUAAUAGUGUAGCAAUCGAGAAUUCUUCCAAAAUUAAUGGGACUGCAAGAAGGAAUCAGAGCCAAAGAGGUAAGGCCUCGAUGGCUACUCCUAAAGUGGAGGAGAAAAAAGUGAAUGACACUCUGUUGUCUGAUGGGCAGAAAAAUGUGGAAAAGAUGGAGGUUGAGCACAAUGAGGCGCCUUUGUGGUCGCUUUUGAGUUGCAGAGGGAUUGGGGAUAGGGCUCUGGAAGAGGAGAUCGUAAAUAGUGGAUUGGAGUUGAUUAAGGGGCCGAAGAAGGUUGAGUUGGAGGAGAGGUGGAAGAAGCUUCAUGUUGAGAGUGUUGAGCUUUACUUGAAGCGUGCAGAGUUGAUUUGCGAGCAGACAAAGAUGGUAUUGGAAGCACUGAAGUCAGGGCAUUAGGUAAUUUCUGGUUAUUAAGUUGGUGAUGGAUAAUAUUGAGGACAAGAAUGGUAAAGUAACUUUUGUUUUUGUUUAUAGGAGCCCAUUAAUUAACUUAGUCUGUUAACUAAGUAUGAAUGCCUAGUAUUUAUCUUUUGGAAAGGGGAUAUGCGCAUGGUUAAUUUCUAUGGACCCCUUUUUUGUUAAUGUCUUUGAAGCUUGUAAGGUUUGAUAUUCUAAUCUUGGUUUCCAUAAUUUGAGGAUUCUAAAUAUCUUUGUACAUCCAUGCUCCUCUGCUUACACAGUAUGAUGAGUUAUAUUUUUUUCUCACUGGUUUGAAAU